CAAUUAGUCACGGGAAUGAAUACGUCCUACUGGCAGUGUACUGCAGGAUGCAAUCCAUCUGUUAACAUUGAUAAUGUAAACUACAUAUGCACAGGGGCGAGUGUAUCAGAAAACUGGGAACAAGGGGAGAGGACUUUUACCUACACUUUUCCCGGCAUAGGUCCUUACACAGUCGAAUUUAAAGGAGGAGAUUGGGUAGUCCUGAGUUUUGGAUCGCCAGGCUCCUGGUCUAUUGGCACCGUUGUUUAUCUUGCCAAGAGAAACGACACCCAUCAACCAAAUAUUAGUCCUGUGACAACUGGAAAACCUACCUAUAGAUUACAAUAUGGCUGUCAGAAUGAAAUUCUUAUCCCAGUUGUUGAUUCUGACGGAGAUGAUAUCAGAUGCCGCUGGUCCAAAGGAUCAGAGUGCGUCUCCAUUUGUAAUGCUCUGCCAUCAGCUACCAUUGAUAGUAAAACAUGCACCAUUCGAUUUUCUGCAAGCUAUACAUCAAAUGGUACUUUUGCUGUUGCUGUAACUGUGCAAGAUUUCCCAAAAUCUACUGUAUCAAUCGGCGGGAAAAUAUAUUCUCCAACAACAAACAUGUCUUCCGUGACUUUACAGUUUCUAGUGAAGACGCCUCAACUAACCGUUAAUUGCUCUGAUAAACCAAAGUUUGUUAGCCCAACUCCAGCUAAGGGUUCAACAAUGCAGACAGACAUCUUAAAAGUCUUCAAGAUUUCAUUUUAUGCCUCUGGAGGCAGAAGGAUUAUAGGUAUCGAUAUGACUACACCUGCUGGAAUGAAUUAUACAUCAAUACAGACGACAGGAUCGAACUCUAAUACUGUGUUUGUGAAAGCAACAUGGAUACCUCAACAGAACCAAGUCGGAUCUCAUAUCGUCUGUGCUCUGGCGGAAGAUGUAAUAGGAAAGACAAGUGAUUCAAGAUGCAUUAAUAUUAUCGUAAACGAUGUUAGUCCCUGCGUUUACCUGCCAUGUAAAAACGCGGGAACCUGUUUUAGAAGAGGAUUGACACAAAAUUAUUCAUGUACUUGUCCGUCAGGAUUUACAGGACACUCGUGUGAAACAGAUGUUGAUGAAUGUGCCAGUGCACCCUGUCAGAACCUAGGAACAUGUCACGACAAACUGAAUGGAUUCACUUGCAACUGCCCUAGUGGUUUUACAGGAAGAAUGUGUCAAAUAGACAUCGAUGAAUGUCAGAGCAAUCCAUGUGAAAACAACGGUACCUGCUCAGACCUCAUAAAUGGCUUUAACUGUGCAUGUAUUGGUGGAUUUACAGAUACCAUGUGCCAGACCGAUAUAGAUGAAUGUACCAGUCAGCCAUGCCAAAAUAACGGCACAUGUAAAGAUGACAUCAAUCAGUACUCAUGUUUAUGUCUGCUAGGGUUUACAGGACAGGUUUGUGAAACAGAUAUUGAUGAAUGCGCCAGCAACCCCUGUUACGCUAUGGGUACAUGCAGUGAUCAUGUGAAUCAUUUUAUGUGCACGUGUCAAUCUGGGUACACUGGUUAUCUUUGUGAAAAAGAAUUAAAUGAAUGCUCGUCUCAGCCUUGUUCUUCUAUGUUUGACUGUGAGGACGAAGUAGAUGGAUACUCCUGCAAACUGAAUUCAGGAAAAGUUGUUGCUAUUGUACUGACUUUGCUUACAAUGAGUGGGGUCAUCACAGGCGCAAUUUACUUACUGACAAGACAAAAAUAUCAACAUUUGGUCCGCAGAUGGUUGUCAAAUUUUCGUGAAAUUCGCAAGGUAGACUGCCACCCGAGAAAUAUUUUCAGAGACAAAGAAGCUAUAUAGGGACAAUUUGGAGAGUCUAGUGAUCACAAGUGUUUGGAAAUACAUUCAGCUAAUUAAAUAUACAGAAAUUAUUAAAGCGGACAUGUAGUUAUAUGCAUUCAGGUGACAUUCCUUCAUUUAAUAUCUAUGAUAUACAUGUAAUAGUUCAUUUAGUUUGUAUAGUCAUAUUAAAGUACAGAGGGGGCUUUUACUUCCUCAAGUCAAACCAUGCUUAUUAUCACCAGAUAAAGGCAAGCUACAUUUAUGCAUUUAGACCUGCUGUGACCUGAUUGUUUGGACUACCAAGGCCUGCAAAGUAAUCCGGAUUAUAAAGGACACUGAAAAGACACAAAACAUUGUACAAUUCAUAGAAUUUUAUUUUAAUACUUUCACUUCACUCCUGUAUUUUUCCAAAAUAAAUGUGUUGAAAUUACGUCUUUAAUAAUCAAGAGCAAUCAGAAGUGAAAAAACCUAUUGACACUACACACGGAAGUGUUCUGCAAUGCAUUAAAUAAUUUUUAAUCAAUUCUUAUAUUCUUAAAAUUUUAAUUGACCAAGAUAAAUUGUACACUUUAUAAGCAUGUAUUUUCCUACACAUGCAAACAAUGAUUUAUGUCCAUCGGUACUUUUU